CCAUGUGACCUGAAAUCGGAUCUCACUGUCACCGCGGCCCCAGUCCGCGUUCAUAUCUGCCGCUUGUGGGGCAGAGCUGGCCGCACUUAGCACCGGUCGCAGCCACGUCUGCUUCGUCCCUUCAGCUCUGAUCACCUGCGAUCCACCUCCUGUCUGCUUGGACGGAGAGAGAAAAAAACCUACAUUCCUUUGUCAUUUUUAUAAGCGUAGCGAUGAACUCGUUUUUAGCCUCUGUGCUGUUUUUUGCUGGGUUUUUCUGCAGAGCCACUUCUUAUCAGUUAGGCACAGAGUGCUACACGGCCAACGGUGAGGACUACAGGGGCUAUCAGAACCAAACUAGCCUCCACAACGGUCUGCAGUGCCUCUACUGGAACGAGACUCUCCAGCACCCCUACAACAGCGUCAAGUUCCCCAACGGAGAACGGGGCUUGGGCCCACACAACUACUGCAGGAACCCCGACGGCGAUGUGGGGCCGUGGUGUUACGUUGCAGAUAAUGAGGAUGGAGUCUACUGGAAGUACUGUCAGAUUACCACCUGCCAGAUGCCUGGAAACUUCGGCUGCUUUAAGGACAACGGGGACCCGCCCACCCUGACGGGCAGCACUGAAACCUCCAACAGGCUGACCAUUCAUGGCUGCAUCAGCUACUGUAGGGCACAGAGGUACAAGCUUGCUGGCAUGGAGGCUGGAUAUGCCUGUUUUUGCGGCGACCACCUUGACUACACCCUCCACGGGGAGAUGCCCAGUACCGAGUGCAACCACGUGUGCUUCGGAGACCACACCCAGCCAUGUGGGGGGGAUGGCCGCAUCCUUGUCUUCGACACAAGGGUAGGUUCCUGUGGUGGGAACUACACCUCCCCGUCAGCGGUUCUGUACUCUCCGGACUUCCCUGAGCACUACCAGCCAGGUCGCGUCUGCUACUGGACCAUCCAGGUGCCAGGAGCGGAGGCCAUCCUCUUCGACUUUGCCCUCUUCGAUGUCCCGGACCAGACGGACAUGGUUGAGAUGCUGGAUGGCUACACCAACCAGGUGGUGGCCCGCUUUAACGCCGGCAACCCACCGAGGGACACCACCAACAUCAGCGCCGACUUUGCCAUUCUUUAUUUCUACUCGGACAGUGCUGAGCAGGCCCGAGGCUUUGCCGUGCAGUACCGAGCACUGCCAAGACGAGGACACGGUCCGCUGGAGCACGAGGAAGAAGAGGAGGAGGAGGAAGAGGAGGACACUAGCGCAGCCGACCCGGAGCAGGAGUCUGAGACCACCACAGAGCGCUCCAACAGUAGUCUGAGCGGCCACUCCAACCAGGUGGUCUACGUCAUCACCUCCACGCCAGGCGAGGUGGACCACAACAUCCCAGCAUGGACCAUGUACGCCAUGGCAGCGCUCUUGACCCUGGUCGUCAUAGCGACGGUGGCGAAAUUCUUGCUGCACAUGAUUGAGAGGUCCUCAUCCUACCCCGACCUUGCCGUACCAGAGACCUGUGCUCAGAACACGGCCAGCGACCCCUGGGUCAUCCUGUACCGACCAUCCACCAUCUCGCUCUUCAAGAAGAAGCUAAAGAGUCACCAGGGUGACCUCAGCCCCCUGGUGAAACACUAGCAGCCCUGCAAGGGACCUGUCUCCUGUCGGCCUUUUGGGGGAGGGGUUUAUACCAGAGGAAAACAAUGCAGCAUCGCACAAAGCACUUAUGGACCAAUCAGAUGUGGGAGGGGAGGGGCCAGGGCUCUCCUUGGGCCGGCACUGCUUCUGCACCAGCCACUCCAUCCCUGCUUCUUAAGCUGCUUAUCCUCCUAUGAAUAUGGCCAGUGGCCGGGUCCAUUGGUUAGAAGACGCUAUUACAGGAGGAGAACGAGGUUCGUCUUCACGGCCCCAUUCAGGACAGAAAGCGCAGCGCCUGCCGCGUCUAUGGGUGACUGCAAGCGAUGGCCCUCUUCACCUCUGCACUCAAGCCUUGCCGUCACGCCUAGUCUUGCUAGAGGACUUCUCCAGCCACCAUUGGGGCAUUAGGGAACGCUGAGCAAGGGCCCAACUUUCCGGAGGAAUUCCAUCAUCAUAUCACAUUAACUGUAGUAUGAAUCCACUUCACACAGCACUUCUGUAAUUAAUAAAUUGAGUAGUCUGAGCUUUAUGUCCCAAAGCAUGGAUUGCAGUGAGAGCAUUUUACGUUUAGAAUCUUUGAGCCAAAGCAACGUCCAGGUGAGUCAAAUAGCACAUUACAAACUCAGGCAGCCCAAAAUCUAACCCCAGGAACUUCAGUACAUUAGUACUGACUUUCAACUAAUUCAGCCACCCAGCCAUUUGACUGACACUCCUAUACAAAUCACAUUUAUAUACCAGGAAGGACUCAUGGGAAAUGGGAGAGUUGAAAAGGGGGGGGGGGGGUCACAUGAAAUGGUAAAAUGUUAUGCAUUUCAACAUAGAAUGAGGGUGGCAGACAAUCAGGAUCCGAGGCACAGCUGCAACAGCAGGAAUUCAGUACGAGUUUCUACGCCGCACUGGCCGACCAUGGAAAUGGCGACCGGAAAGGGCAGGCAGGGAAUGUUUCAGGAGAAGAAAACAUCACAAGUGCUACAUUCAUGGCUCACGGAGUACAGGCUGGUGGGAUGUGGAGAUGAAGAGACUGGACGUUGUGUUUGGGCGAUUUAAUCGGCGCUCGUCAGGCACAUGCAGAGGGGGGCCAGUCGCUCCCGAAGAAGCGAGCGGCUCCAUUCAUUGUCUAGGUGCACAAAUAACUUACUAGAAUGACAAAAUACUAAGAGGCAACCUGUUAUUUAUUUGUUUGUUUUUUUGGGGGAGGGGGUUUUUUAUGGGGGUGGUUGUGUGUGAAAUAAUGCAGCGUUUACGCAAGUGCCUCUGCAGCAAGCCUAAAAUGUUUUCACCACAGCGCCACCUGCUGCCUUUGUACAAAAGGGAAUUUUAUACAAAUGUGAAAUGUUCAUAGGUGUUUAAAGUCAUAAGUACAGGUUUAACUGCUAUAUACACUAUAAAAGUUAUAACUUGGUUUGGUUAAAAGUAGCUUGGUGCCUGUUGGCCACAACAGAAUGCUAGACAAUAUAGUGUCACCUACCAUGUAAAAUACCGAUAAUUAUUUAAAAACUUUAUUUUUGUCUGUUUCAAUGAAUGCAUCUGGUGAUUUAAUAAACAAAAUAAGCACUCA